GGAAAGAAUACAGAAAAAUUAUACUUGAUUUCUACACCCUCAUGGGGGAGAUCUGUAGUGGAGUUAUACUGUAUCAUCAGUACGGUUCCUUUUAUAGAAUUGAGGAGAUCUUAAAAUUAUUAAAAAGAUGCAUUUUGAAAUUAAAGACCCAUCAAAUUAAAGUCAUACAAAUAUGCACACUUUUAUACUUAAGAGUAUGAUCAUCAAUCAUUGUAUUGCCAGACUACGAAGGCUUAAUAGAGAAUCGACUUUUGCCACUGAAGAGGAUGAAAGAUUACUCGAAAACAAAUCAAGAAACUCAUAGAUGAUUUCUAUCUCACAAUAAAAAUAUUAGAAUAAGCAGGCAUUUUCUUUGUGAAAGCUUGAAGUUAUAGGAUUUAUCAAGAAAUGAAGAAAUUAUUUAAAGGUGUGGAGCUGCUCAAUUCAGGUUCUGGAGAAAUACUUAGGGAGUUUAAGAUGCUACUUUGCCACGAAAGGAAAUCUACUCAUUAAAAGGAAAGUAGAGCAGCAAAUGGAGCAGAAGACAGAGAAAAGGAGUCAACUCAUGUUUUUAAUGGAUAACUGAUGAUUCUCUUCUCGAUUGGAUUCAAUUGUCAAACUCUAAGCCUUAAUAAAUCUUAGCAGUUAGGAAUAUUAAACGUACAGUAAGAAAAUAUGAAUGCUAAUUAAAUAACAACCCUGUGUUCUCAAGAAAAGAGAGGAUCUUCUUGAAAGCUCAGAUUCCUCAUAUAUUUCACACCAUAUCUAAAAUUCCUAAGGAUUGCUUGAGUUUUAAUGAAUCAAAUGAUAGAAGUUUGCCUAUCAAUGAAGAGUACAAUGCUUCAAGAGCAAAAGAUCUAAACAGGAUAAAAAAUUGGGUGCAUUAGCUCUCCAAUGUUCUUUGGACAGGAAGAGCCCCGCACAUACCUACAAAUGCUGAAGAAGAUAAACUGGAAGAAGAAAUAACUAGCUUACAAGGAGAAGAUUAAUUUAUUGAGAAGGCAAACCUCUUAAUAAAGACCUCAAAAUCUACAAAGACAUUGAGGGAGAUUGGAGUAUCAGACUUGUUGGCAAUACCCAGCAAACCCAAUCUGAGGAGGAAGGCUAACUCAGCUACUUCAGCUGGGUUGUAAAGCCUCUCAGAUAGAAGGGAGCUAUCACUAUUACCCAAUUCGAUAGAUUUUACAAUCUAUACAUCUAUAGAAUUGAGAUUAGAGAUGUAUGUUACAAUCUAUCUCUCCCGCAAAUCCCAUAAAAUCCCCUUAGAAGCCCCAAUAUCAACCUGUUCUACCUCCUCUGGAGGCUCCU